AUGGCUUCUUCUCUGUCUACUCAUCUCCUCCAGCUCCGCUCCAAACAACCAUUUCCGCCACCGAAUUCUGCAACUAGGCUCCUUCAUCUCCCAACUAACUUGGUGUUUACAUGCCCUACCCGGACUUCCCAGUUUAAAUGCUCGGCGGGUCAGACCGGUUUUUUCACUAAGCUGGGCAGGUUAAUCAAGGAGAAAGCUAAAAGUGACGUGGAAAAAGUAUUCUCUGGUUUCUCUAAAACAAGAGAUAAUUUAGCUGUCAUUGACGAGCUUCUACUUUAUUGGAAUCUCUCUGAUACUGAUCGAGUUCUAGAUAAUCUGGAAGAGGCAUUGUUAGUGGCUGAUUUUGGGCCGAGGAUUACUAUAAAGAUUGUCGAGAGCUUAAGGGAAGAUAUAUAUGCUGGGAAGCUCAAAUCCGGUAGCGAGAUCAAGGAUGCUUUAAAGAGGAGUAUAUUGAAUUUGUUAACUGCAAAGAAACGUAAAUCCGAGCUCCAACUGGGUUUCAGGAAACCAGCUGUUAUCAUGGUUGUUGGUGUCAAUGGAGGUGGGAAGACUACAUCUCUUGGGAAGCUGGCCAAUAGAUUGAAGAAAGAAGGUGCCAAGGUAUUGUUGGCGGCAGGAGAUACUUUUAGAGCAGCUGCAAGCGAUCAAUUGGAGAUAUGGGCCGAAAGGACCGACUGUGAGAUUGUUGUAGCUGAAAAGGAGAAUGCAAAAGCAUCAUCUGUUCUUUCACAGGCUGUGAAAAAGGGAAAAGAACAAGGUUAUGAUAUUGUUCUCUGCGACACAUCUGGACGUUUGCAUACCAAUUAUAGCCUGAUGGAAGAACUGGUUGCAUGCAAGAAAGCUAUUGGAAAAGCUGUCUCCGGUGCACCCAAUGAAAUCCUACAAGUGUUGGACGGGACAACUGGUCUAAACAUGCUUCCACAAGCCAGAGAAUUUAACGAUGUUGUUGGAAUAACUGGUUUGAUAUUGACGAAACUCGACGGUUCUGCAAGAGGUGGUUGCGUGGUUAGUGUGGUAGAUGAGCUCGGCAUUCCUGUGAAGUUCGUUGGCGUUGGUCUUCUCUCGUCUGAAUCACUGCCUUCCUCGCGCAGGACUUCGCAUUACUUGAUCAAUCAAAUGCUCCAAGCUUCUCUUUCCAGUCGAUGGAAUUGGAUGAGUUCAUGCAAAAUGUCCUCCAUUUCGGAUUCAAAAGUCUCUUGCUGCUGCUGCUUUCGAUCUCCCUGUAAUGAAGUUACGACACGGUUUUCUAAUGCUAGAGACCUGAGAUUAUGA